AUGAAUACAACCGAGCUUUUUGGCAAGAUCCACCAUUCCAUUGAUGAAUACCGAAAGCCAAUAAUCGAAUGCCAGAAGGAUUCAUCAGAGCAUGACCCGCAUGGACCGCAGCAUGAAGAUGGCUCAGACACGUGCGAUUCGCACAAGUCAAGUACGUCAGGUCACUCCACUGAGACCAUCAUCCUCGAUGCUUCAGGGACCUUGAUCAAAGUCGCUGUCUCCACCUUGGAGAAAUUUGGUCCCGACUCAGUGCUGGGGAGGCUCGUUAGUGAGCGGUGGCGGCAGUGGAACGAUCCCAUCUUCAUUGACAUCGACCCUGAUCACCUCAAGGCCAUCCUGUACUGCUACAGAUAUGCUCGAUUGCCGUCCACCGUCAACGAUGAUAUCAUACCAGUUCUGGACGCAUACGGACUUUCUGACUUCAUUGAGCCUGCGGACAAGCUGGAGACGGUGGCGGACAAGAUCGAUUACGCCAAUGACUUGGCGUCGGGUUGGGCUCAAGAGUACAUUGAUCUUGAGAUCCUCAAAGUGGGAUGCCUUGUUGGACUACCAGCAACAAGUGAUGGCCCGAUCUCGUUGUCUAAGAACCGGCACGUGAUCGAGCUGGCUGGAAGCGAGCGGGUGGUGAUCUGCACGGAGGACGAGCAGAACGUGUUCCUGCUGGAUCUUGCCCGGGAUGCGCUGGAGAAGAUGAAGGUCAGGACGAUUCCUGCAUACAUCAACUGCGUGUUGCCUCACCUGAGGAAGACACUGCGGGGAUAUGGCGUGCACGCGGAUGUUGUAAAGCGUGCUGCACCGCCAGGGAGCAAUGCACGGAGGAGCAGUUAUCUUGUGUUGGAACUCUCUCCCCUUCCUGUUGCGCUCAACAUCCAAGAUCGGGUUCUUGGGGCCAUUAACACUGCAGUCGAGUGGGCCAAGCCGUACAUGGACUUGGAGCUGACGAUCCUUGGAUGUGUGCUGUCCAAGAAUGACUGCGGAGGUCUCCCAGUGAUUGAGAUGGGCUCGCACAAGCAUGUUGUCUGUAUCUACGAGAGGAGCUUCGCUCUGCUACCAGGGAAUUGCGAGAGCCCCGAGCCCGAGGACGCGGACGCGGACUAUGCCAUCUUCGUGCCAGAGAUCAACGAGGCGCUGUUCCAGCUCAAUGUCUUCAGCAUGCACACGUAUUUAACGUACAUCCUUCCUCUCUUGUCCAAAGUGAUGCAAGAGUGCGGAGUGACAAUCAACCACGAGGUGAAGAAUUGCAAGCCUCCUUCCUUCCCGGGGUCCACACAAUAUCAAUAUGUUCUGUUAGAGUACACGACAUUGCAUUAA